AUGGCGAAUGCUCUGGAGACCGAGCUGAUCGAUCGACUUGCUGAUUUGAACUGCCCUCAGACGGAUGAUCAGAUCAUCGAGCUCCUGGGCAAGAACGGCAGCAACACCACUACCGACAGCGACUUCAAAAAUGCCCUCGGCGUGCUGCUGGAACAGAAUAGAAUAUCUCGCAAGGAGAUCGUCCCCGGCCUGUCGCUCGUCUGGAUGAGUCCGGAUCAGAGAAAGCUGCAUCACCAAGAAAAGCUGCUAUCCGCACAGCUGGCCCGACUGAAUGUCGAGAAGGACCAACUCGCAACAGAAAACGCCAGCCUCAAAGCCAAGCUGCCCUCCGGCCUCGACCACGAAAGCUGCGUUCAAACUCGGAUCCAAAAGCUGCACGAUUACAACGACGUCAAGGACUAUGGACAAAUGCUCCUGGGCAAGCUUGCUCAGAUCGAAGGCGUCACCACCCGCCAGAUGUACGAGCAGUACGAGCUCGAUGUUGACGACUGA